AUGAGCUCUGCAAUGUCGAUGCCGCCGUUGAGAACAUUUGACGCUUUCCCCAAGACGCAGCCGACGUACACGAUACGCUCGAAACGGGGCGGGAUAGCGACAGUGGUUGUUAUAUUUACUUUAGUGCUGCUUGUGUUUCAUGAAAUCGGCGAAUGGCUGUAUGGACACAACGAAUAUCAAUUCAGCGUAGAUACCACCACACAAAGAGAAAUGCAACUGAACGUCGAUCUCACAGUCGCUAUGCCCUGCCAUUACCUUAAUGUAGACAUAAGGGAUGCUGUAGGCGACAGGCUGAAGCUGAGCGAUAGAAUACAAAAGGAUGGUACCACCUUUGAGCCGGAGAAAUACCAUCAGAUGGGCCACGACAAGCAGAGCACCCUCAGUCGUAUUGUAAAGGAUAGCAGGAAAGGCAGGAAGUGGUUCAGACCUACGGGUACGCGUAAUCGUUUCAAGAAAACCAAGAAACCCAUCAAGAAUGGUCCAGCAUGUAGACUCUACGGCAGCGUCGAAACCAAGAAGGUCAACGGUAACAUGCAUAUCACUACUCUUGGUCAUGGCUAUAGCAGCCUGGAGCACACGGAUCAUAAAUUAAUGAACCUCUCUCACACUAUCGACGAAUUCUCAUUCGGUCAGCACUUCCCUUACAUAGCACAGCCGCUCGACAGAAGUGUCGAGAUUUCAAACAACCAUUUCCCAGUAUACCAGUAUUUCAUGCACGUAGUUCCAACGACGUAUGUCGACGCGUCGGGGCACUCUCUCUCGACGAAUCAGUACUCGGCACGCGAGGAUAUUAAAACCAUCAGCAACCACCAGCGAGGUAUUCCGGGACUUUUCUUCAGAUACGAUCUCGAGCCAAUUCAUCUACAAAUGAACGCAACUACUAUGUCAUUCACUAAGCUCCUCAUCAGGUUGACGGCAUUGAUUGGUGGUGUGUGGUGUUGCUCUCGUUUCGCAGUUCGCACUUUAGACAGACUGCUGCCUAAACGAUUCAAACCGCAUUCAGACAAAGAUGGGGAGAUGCACAUUCCAAUCACAUCUCCAAACGUUAACAUGCCCUCACCGAGACUGUCGCCUGGGUUUUUUGGGAUGAAUACAUCGACGUCUCCACCACCGCCAUACACGACCAACAACGGUAUGCUGUCUCCGGGUGUAUCAUCGAGCAAUCAGGGGCCAUUUAGAUUUUAG